ACAUGAUGAAACAUAGGGAUGGAUUUGUCCUGUAAUGAUUAAUGUAAGGAGGGCACACUGCCUGCCAAUUACGUGCCAUUUUGCUUAUUUGUGCCUUAAUGAUAAGAAAGAAAACAAAUAUAGGAGGCACAGGCUGACCUGGAAAGCCGGUUGUUUGCGGCUUCUGCCGAGAUGGCCGUGGGCUUCCAGGCUCCCCUGCCGAUGCUCGCUGGACUGCUGCUCUGCCUGUGCGUGGUCGUACCCUGGGCCGAGGGCGGGCAGGUGCUCGUGGUCCCCAUGGAGGGCAGCCACUGGCUCAGCAUGCGGAAGGCCGUGCAGGCGCUCCAUGCCAGAGGCCACCAAGCAGUGGUCCUUUCGCCAGAGGUGAACAUGCACAUCAAGGCAGAGGACUUUUUCACUGUGAAGAGCUAUGCCACUCCCUACACCCAGGACGAGUUUGAUGACCUCAUGGUGGGCCAUUUUCAUCUGCUUUUUGAAAAAGUAAAUUUUCUAACAAUGUUUUGGACGACGAUGGUAUCUUUGAGAAAAGGGUCUUUGAUGUUUGAAAGGUCUUGUGAGGAGCUGCUGUAUAACAAGGACCUGAUCAGGGACCUGAACGCCAGUUCCUUCGACGUGGUUUUAACGGACCCUGUCUACCCCUGCGGGGCCGUGCUGGCUAAGUACCUGUCCAUUCCUGCUGUGUUCUUUUUGCGCUCUGUUCCGUGUGACUUAGACUUUGAGGGCACAGCAUGCCCAAACCCUUUCUCGUAUGUUCCUAGAUUAUUAACGAUGAAUUCAGACCACAUGACAUUCUUUCAAAGGGUCAAGAACAUGCUCUACCCUCUGGCCCUGAAGUACAUUUGCCAUGUUUCUUUCACUCCUUAUGGACAAAUGGCUUCCAAGCUUCUGCAGAGAGAGGUGUCGCUGGUGGAUGUCUUGAGCUCUGCAUCCGUGUGGCUCUUCAGAGGAGACUUUGUGAUGGAUUACCCCCGGCCAAUCAUGCCCAACAUGGUCUUCAUUGGGGGUAUCAACUGUGCCAACAGGACACCAUUGUCUCAGGUCCGUAUUGAUGCGUUUCUUCGGUCAAUGUUUCAAGUGGGACACAUUAAAAAAUACCCCUUCCUUCCAGGUGCUUACCUAUCUACGGAGAUUUCUAAACAUUUCUGCCGCUCAUUCUCCUUCUAA